GUUUUUCAUCACAUGUUUCACAACUUUGGUUACAAUUAUGUAAUUAACUUUAAACUAUUGAUUUGAUCAGUAAUUAUGAAUUUAUCGCAAUUUGUGUCUAAAUUAAGUAAAAGUCAUUUCGCGAGAUAUGGAUUGCCUUUCAUUUCGCACCGGUAGUCAUGCCUUAGAUAUGCUGUUUAGUCAUCGAUACAAUGCCUACCAAGUGACUGAUCCAUGUCUUUAUGUGGUAUAUGUGGUACAGCUGUUCAUCACCGGUGGCUCAUAUGUGCUCAAAGAGUUCGCAACCAUUCGCUACGAAAUCAGUCGACAUAACAAACAAUUGGGAGUAACCCCAGAUCUGGUCAAAGAAAUGGGAUUUGAUGUGAAGAAUUUGAAGUCAUUGGAAGAGGAAUAUGAUAGUAUGGUAAAGACAGUGGACACGGAUAACUGGAAGAAUAUUCGUGGUCCCCGACCCUGGGAGGAGAACACCACUGAAUAUAAAGAGAUGAUUGAACGCAGAAUUAGUGAGGAAAAGACGAAGAGAAGGAUAUAAUUUGUUUUAUAUUUGUAAUAAAAAGUCAAAUACAGUCAUUUGUAUAGUUGCCAUAAAUUAGAUGAC